AACCAAGGGAGUCCAGUUGCCUUUUGGAAAAGCACCUUUGGGACAGGGACAGCCAUGACCAUGGAUGAUGGAGAAUCUCCAUAGAAAAGAGAUCAGCAACUUUUCUCAUUUUGCAAAAAACCAGCCUAGAAAAUCGAACGCAGCCCGUUGUGUAAUAAAGAAGACUCCCACACUCUCAUGAAUAUUCCUUUUUUUUUUUAAUUAGGUCUAAUGAAGAAAUUGCCCGAUAGGAUUCUAAGCAAAGCAUCUCUUGGCCAACAAGGACCAACCUUAGGACGUCCCAUUGAGCCGAGCGCCUCCCAGUCUUUUAAACAAGGAACUACCAGUCCCGGCAUGCUUCGGGGGUUCAGCUCAGCGCGCAGGCGCGCCGGAGAGAAACGCAACUCGCUAAGCAGCAGCUUCAACGAGAGGAUCAGUUGUAACUCUGCCGUGCUCCUGGUAGAACAAGCUAGCUAUCCAUGGCUCAUCUAGGCUUUGCUUGUGAACCUCCUCCUGAUGUGGAUACAGACGACUGUCUUCCGGAAUAUUCAUAUAUGUUCACGCCUGACAUCCUCAAAGGAAAGGUAGCUUUCAUUACGGGCGGCGGUUCCGGGAUUGGAUUCCGUAUCACUGAGAUCCUGAUGAGGCACGGUUGCCAGUGUGUCAUUGCCAGCAGAAACUUCCAGCGGGUGUCAGAGGCAGCCAAGAAACUCUGUGCAGCCACUGGCCAGCGAUGCUUGCCUGUCACUCUUGAUGUGCGGCAACCUCAGACCAUUUCGGCAGCUGUGGAUGAGGCCCUCCGAGAAUUUGAGAAGAUUGACAUCCUAGUUAACGGUGCUGCUGGGAACUUCCUUUGUCCCGCUAGCUCUUUAUCGUUCAACGGUUACAAAACGGUGAUUGAAAUUGACACUUUGGGCACCUUCAACGUCUCCAAAGUCCUGUAUGAAAAAUCCCUUCGGGAACAUGGUGGCGUCAUUGUCAACAUCACAGCCACCCUCAGCUACAAAGGCCAAGCUCUCCAGAUGCAUGCUGGGACUGCCAAGGCAGCCAUAGAGGCUAUGACGAAGCAUCUUGCUGUGGAAUGGGGGCCUCAACGAAUUAGAGUGGUUAGCAUCGCCCCUGGUCCCAUUACGGGCACGGAGGGGUACCGUCGUUUAGUUCCAUCCAACCUGGAAGCCAAUCAGUACUUCCGGAACAUUCCCCUUCAACGGGCUGGGAACAAGACGGAGAUUGCUCACAGUGUCCUCUAUCUGGUUAGCCCCCUCUCGUCGUACGUGACCGGCACAACACUUGUGGUGGACGGUGGAGAUUGGAUGACUUCGGAUAAUUCCUUUCCCUCACUGUUGGGUAUAGCUAAGCUAUAGAUUUCUGGAGCACGGAACUAAAGAGAGAUACAUGAGAAAAGGACACCCCGACAUUUUAAGGAAGUGUCUUCAGUGCUUCCGGGCAAACCGUCUGUGGCAAUGUACGGAUAGCAGCCACUCACCUUUCCUAGUUUCAAGGUAGUUUAGAUAACCUGGUUUGUAAGAUGGGUCUUCAUUGCACAAAAAGUGGUGAUGGUGGCACAAAGAAACCUACAGACUGAAUCCUGUUCACCCACCAGCCUGUACUAUAUCACCGGAAGGGUAGUUGAGGCGGAAAUCCUAUCAGGGCAGAAACAACUUUGAUUAUGAUUUGAUUGGCUUGUAAGCCUUCGUAUCACUUGCCUCGGAUAAGAUGCUUCCAAUUCAUUCCCAAGCACAAUGUUCAGUCCCAAAAUGGCGAGUCUGCAUUUGUCCAGCUCUUGCUGUGUGUGGCAUUAUCUGCCCCAAUCCUCUAACAAAUAAAUACUCUACUUUUCAACAAA